AGCUGACGCCUCAGCCAGUACCUGGAAGCAACAGGCACUGAACUUGCAACUCUUGACUCACAGUGACCGAGGAAGAGCAAAAGGAGCGCUUCUUUCACAACUCGCAGCCAUAGACUUCUGAGGAUGCGGCUCUUAGGGAAACUCCGCGCCUCGGCAGCCGGCAGCGCAGCCACGGAGCCGGCCUUCUCCAACGUGCUCACUCCCGGCCGCAUCCCUGAGUUCUGCAUCCCGCCGCGGCUGCCCGCGCCCUGCACGCCCGAUUCCUCGCUCCAGGCCGCCGCAGUGCCCCGGCGGUGCGCCGCUGAGCCCGACCUGUGGCCCAGAGCAGGCGACGACGGCGCAGGACGCACGGACUGGGACCCGCGCUCGCAGGCCGCACUCUCGCUGCCUCACCUGCCCCGCGCGCGCACCGCCUACGGCUUCUGCGCGCUGCUCGAGAGCCCGCACACCCGCCGCAAGGAGUCGCUCUUCCUCGGGGAUCUCAGAGCCGCCGCGCUCCAGCAGCCGCACGCCGCCCGACUGCCGCUCCGCCCGCGCGCCCACACCUACGGCGGCUGCGGAGGAGAAGACGCCCGAGCCGGUCUCUCUGGCGGAGCUCCCGCGGCCCCCGAAGACACUCGCCCGCCCCGGAACACACUCGCUCCGCGUCCCCGCUGCCACCGCCUUCUGCGCGCCUCCGAAGGGCUGCUGAGCCGCGCGCUGAGGGCCCGGAGAAGUCGCGGUCUGGUCCGCGCCUGCUCUGUGUCCAGCGGGGACGGGGACGAGGACGAGAACGAGGAGCGCGGCGCGGAUUCCGGGUCGCGGGCCCCGACCUUCUCCACGCCUCCUCUGUCGUCCUCGGGCCCGAAGCUCGAGCGCCUGGAGGCCGAAAGCACCGUGACUCUGGAUCACGCUGGGGGUGCCGUGCGCCUAGCUGCGGAGUACAGUCCGGCCAGCGGGCGCCUCCGCAUCCGGCUGCGGCGUCGGCUGUCGCGUCAGCCUGGUCCGGUAGCCACCACGCAAGACGCGGCCGCAGCGCAGCACCGUGAUGCUCGGGAGCCACAAGGCCGUCUUGGGCCGGGACUUCUGCUUCGAAGGACUCUCGGAGGACGAAGUACGCCGCCUGGCCCUGCGCAUCUAGACUGAGAACAAGGGUGGUGACCAGGGGCUGGGCCAGGGCGAGUCGCUGCUGGGCUCUCUCCUGCUUCCUUGAAGGCGCCCAGGCCUCAAGGCCCUGCCCGCGGGGUGCUUUCUUCCGCUGGGGACUCUCGGACACUGACAGCCGCUUUGUACAAAAUAAAUGUUAUUUAUUUAUUUUUCUA